GGGGCGGUGGAGGCGGCCGGGGCCCCGCAGCCGCUGCCGCCGCCCGCCGCCCGGGCCGGGCCCCGCCGCCAUGGCGCUGGUCACCCUGCAGCGCUCGCCGACCCCCAGCGCCGCCUCCUCGGCCAGCACCAGCGAGCUGGAGGUUGCCAGUGAUGAAGAACGUAAAUUAAAUGUGAGCCUCAGCGAGAGCUUUUUCAUGGUGAAAGGUGCAGCCCUUUUCUUGCAGCAAGGAAACAGCGCCCAGGGCCAGAGAAGUCUCCAGCAUCCUCACAAACAUGCAGGUGAUUUGCCCCAACACCUCCAGGUGAUGAUCAACCUCCUUCGCUGUGAGGACAGGAUCAAACUGGCUGUCCGUUUGGAAAGUGUGUGGACAGACCGAGUGCGGUACAUGGUGGUGGUGUACAGCAGCGGCCGGCAGGACACGGAGGAGAACAUUCUGCUGGGGGUGGAUUUCUCCAGCAAGGAGAGUAAAAGCUGCACUAUAGGAAUGGUUCUUCGCCUGUGGAGUGAUACUAAAAUCCAUCUUGAUGGUGAUGGUGGCUUCAGCGUGAGCACUGCAGGGAGGAUGCACAUCUUCAAGCCAGUGUCAGUGCAAGCCAUGUGGUCUGCUUUACAGAUCCUCCAUAAAGCCUGCGAAGUUGCCAGAAGGUACAACUACUUCCCUGGUGGGAUGGCCUUGGUCUGGGCCACCUACUAUGAGAGCUGCAUCAGCUCUGACCAGAGCUGCAUCAACGAGUGGAAUGCCAUGCAGGACCUGGAGUCCACCCGCCCCGACUCUCCAGCCCUCUUUGUUGACAAGCCAACUGAGCGGGAACGGACAGAGCGGCUCAUUAAAGCCAAGCUCCGGAGCAUCAUGAUGAGCAAAGACCUGGAAAAUGUGACUUCCAAGGAGAUACGAAAUGAGCUGGAGAAGCACAUGAAUUGCAACUUGAAGGAAUUCAAGGAAUUUAUAGACAAUGAAAUGCUGCUUAUCCUGGGUCAGAUGGACAAACCAUCUCUGAUUUUUGAUCAUUUAUAUCUGGGGUCUGAGUGGAAUGCCUCCAACCUCGAGGAGCUGCAGGGCUCGGGCAUCGACUACAUUCUGAACGUCACCCGGGAAAUCGACAACUUCUUCCCCGGGCUGUUCGCCUACCACAACAUCCGGGUGUAUGACGAGGAGACCACGGACCUGCUGGCCCACUGGAACGAGGCUUACCACUUCAUCAACAAGGCCAAGAAGAAUCACUCCAAGUGCCUGGUGCACUGCAAGAUGGGCGUGAGCCGCUCGGCCUCCACGGUGAUCGCCUACGCCAUGAAGGAGUUUGGCUGGUCCCUGGAGAAGGCCUAUGGUUACGUGAAGCAGAAGCGCAGCAUUGCGAGGCCCAACGCAGGCUUCAUGAGGCAGCUGCUGGAGUAUGAAGGCAUUUUAGAUGCCAGCAAGCAGCGCCACAACAAGCUCUGGAAGCAGCAGGCAGAGAGCAACCUGCCCCAGCACGCUGACGGCACCGCGGGGUCGGGCAGCUUUUUGCUGGAGAGCUUGGAUAUCGACCUGGAAAACCGGCUGGCAGAGCUGGAGGCGCCCGCGCCGCCCGCCUACCUGGACAACCGCGGCACGGCGGGGCCCGUGGGCUUCAACUACUGCUUCCGCCGCCUCUCGGACACGCUGCUGGAGAACAAGAUCCCCAGGGACAGGGAGAGCUUUUUCCACGUGGAGGAGCUGGAGCGGGAUGCCCUGGAGGAGCGCGCCGCCUCGCUGGUGGGACAGCCUGCCCAGGGGAGGCUGCUGGAGACGGCCAAGGCCCUGGAGAUGGCAGAGCCGCUGGAGGAGCUGAGCAGCUUCACCGAGAAGGAGGUGAAGAAGAAACUGGACUUCAGCCCCAGGAAGGGAAGGAUAGUGCUGGGCCCCGGGGAGCCAGGGGAGGAGGGUGUCAGGGAGGAACAUCCGAUGGAGAAGUGGAAGCGGCGCUUGUCCGUGCACAAGGAGGAGAGCAGGCUUAAUAGAGAGAACUUGAAUAACAACAACAGCAAAAGGAGUUGCCCAGAGGAUUUUGAGCACGAUGCCGUGUUUGGGAUCCUCAGUAAGGUCAAGCCCCCCUACCAGUCCUGCACUGACUGCAUGUACUCCUCAGCCAGUUUGUCUCCCGACUCCUUCGGGGAGCAGUGUGAAAAGCUGAACCCCGGCGCGGCACGGCGGGCGACCACCAUCUGCACCCAGCCAGCCCUCCUCUCCCACAUCAACUCCGCCUUGGGGGACCACCUGCCCAGCAAGGGGCUGGCAGAGGAAGCAAUCAGAACUCAGAGCAACGAGGCUCCCCUUCCUCCGCUGGCAGGACCAGCUUUGGAGGCCAGUGCUUGCAAACCGCUCGAUCAACACUGUGGCCUUUUGAAGAAAGGAAAAGAUGCACCAAAAACCCCGGUCAAAACUCUGCUGCCCAGGAGCAACUCGCACUGUGACAAGAGCCUCCUUAAUGCAGAAGUGGUAAAAGAAGAGUCUCUAGCCAGAAAAGACAGCAAACCGACCAAGGAUCUGAAGUACUUGUUCAGCAAAGACUUGGAAAAGCCGAGUGCAAACAGUUACCUGAUGCAGCACCAGGAGUCCCUCCUUCAGCUGCAGAAAGCAGGCUUGGUUAGGAAACACACCAAGGAGCUGGAGCGGUUGAAAAGCCUGCCCUCAGACCCCUCCGCACUGUUCAGAGAGAGCCCGUUGAGCAGGGUGGACUCCAGCAUUGUGGAGGAGAAUGAGGAUCUGAUUGCACCCCACGGCCUGGUGCCUCUCCUGGGACCAGUGCCCUUGAUACCUGAAGGCGCUGAAAACGUGGAGAAGUUAGAGGUGAAGCGCGUCCUGGAGGGGAUCGCUCAGAAAACCUCCACCCCUGUCGUGUGUCGGUUGGAGCACACAAGCAGUUUCACCAAGGACUUUCUGAAGACCAUCUGCUACACCCCCUCCUCCUCCCGCAGCUCCAACCUGACGCGCAGCUCCAGCAGUGACAGCAUCCACAGCGUGCGGGGCAAGCCCGGCCUGGUGAAGCAGAGGACUCAGGAGAUCGAGACCAGGCUGCGGCUGGCUGGCCUGACUGUGUCCUCUCCUCUGAAAAGGUCCAAUUCUCUCGCCAAGCUCGGGUGUCUUAACUUGUCCUCUGAGGAUUUAUCCAGUGACAUGGAUGUGUCCACCAUAACGGACUCAAAAGAGGCCGUUUCAAGUGAGUCUUCCGUGCUCUGUGAGCCACAAGCCACGCUGAGGAGUGCAGAUGUCACCUCCAAGCUGGCAGCCAAGCCAGCCCUCGGAAACUUGAAGAACACACUUUGGAUGGGCAAAAGUUGAUGCCAUCUGGGGGUGGGUCGGGGGGUUUGGGGGAUUUUUAUGGCAUUUAUUCAUUGCACCAGUGCAGUUUUAUCAUCUGACUCACAGUAGUUGAUCUGAUGCCACCUCUUCGUCCCCUCCUUGUCCUCUGAAGCAGGGAGAAAAAAAAGACCAUCAUGGGUCAUGAUGGAUGACACAAGGGAAAAUAAAAUGUGUUGCAUGGCUUAGAAGAGGACUUUGUGUGUGACUUGCCUGUUGUCCUGCAGGAUGCUACUUUUAGUACUGUUUGCCAAGUAUAAUAAUGUGGGUUUGUUUGUGUGUAUAUAUAGAUAGAUGUUUGUAUCUGCUGAUCUAUCUAUAUAUAUGAAAUGCUGAAAUGCUCCAUUUCAAAGACUCAACAAAAUAAUUAGUCAUGACCUUUUUGUUUUUACAGAACAAACACAAGUCUCUCCUUAGAACGGGGCACUUGUGGAAAAAAUCCUUAAAAUGGUGACAUGAACACUACCUCUGUUCUUGCUGACUUUCAGUCUUGGUUUGUUGUUGGGUUUUGUGUUUGGUUGUUGUUUUUUUUUUUUUUAAAAAAAAGGCUCUUCCCACAAUAUUUAACUGUUGCUUGGAGGUUAUUCCCUUAAUGUAAAGGCCUGGAGGAGUGUGGAGCUGGAGGCUUUCCUGCAUGGAGUGACCUAGCUGUGACGUGAGGAGUGUUGAACUGUGUUUGUGUUGACUCCAUGACCUGCUGGCUCAGUCUGUCUUUGCUGUGUGACCCGCUGGUUGUCCCAGUCCCGUGUUGGUGCUCGAGUGACACACAGAACAUGUCACUGUCACAGGCUCCUGGGAAGAGGUGUCUUGUUCUGUGGCUGUUUGUCCUGUUGUCGUGGUUUGUGAUGUCCCCUGAUGAUGAGCCAGUGAGUGACCGUGGGCCCUUGUGAAGCUUUGUCUGAGGGUGGUUCUGUGUUCUGGACCCUGUGGUGGGGACCCUGCUCCACUGGUGGUGGCCACCCUGCCCAGGAGGGACAGCUCUCCUGGUGUCCCAGCCUUCCAAAUCCCCGUAGGCAGUAGGUGAAUGUGCAUCUUUUCUGGUCGUUGCUGUUGGGUUUGGUAGAAUGGUUCCUGUGUCCUUGGCUUCCUGGCAGCCUGGGAAGCUGCUGGUGAGGCCCAGGGGGUUAUUUAUGCUGGGCGUCAGGAGGCUGGUGGCUGCAGGGUGUGGGGAACUGGGGUGUACGUUUCCCAGCUCUCGCAGGGCUGCACCAGCCUCUGCCAGCACUGACAGAGGCGUAAAUUCUGCUCUGGGGCUGCAGCCUCCAGGGUGAGCAAGUCAGAGAGAAUUACAGGCUCACUCCAAAGAGAGAGCGAUGGGGAAGGUGUGGGUGGGCUCCCCCUCGGGAGGGGGAGGCUGGUGUGACCCGCAGGGAGGAAGCCCAUCCCUUCCCACAUGGGAGGCCGGCUCUCCAGGGCGGGUCUCAGCUCCUCCUCUUCCUGCCCUGCUGUGGGAGAUGCUUGAAACGCAGCAGUUCACCCAGGCUAUGUGACAUGCACAUUUUCUUAAGAUAUUUUGUGCAGCCAGCCAGGUCAAGAACUGCUCUGGGUGAGAUGCACUGACCAAGUCAGGAAGAGCUUGAGAAGGGUGUAGGGGACUUGCUCCAAACCUUGGUGCCCUCCCAGCUGACACUGUGCUGGCUGCUUGUGCCUUUGGGGACAUGUUUUGAAGCAGGUUUGGGGUCAAAAUGGACCUCAGGGGUCAGUGAUGGCAAAGGGCUGGAUCUGCUCAGUUAGCAGCUGGGCUGAGUGUGGGCUUUCCAUGUUUUAAGGUCACCAUCAAAGCCACUCUUAAAAAUCCUCUCCUUGAGGUGGGGGAGAGAGCAGGGCUGCAGCAGUUGUUCUUGGUCUGCAUGAACCAAAACCCACUGUCUUGAGAAAGGGAGCCACGUGUUUUACUGUCCUAAAUGACCAGAAUUAACCUUUUUUUUCCUUAAGCAUCAGAGCCCACCUUUUCCUACGAAGUGUCAGGCACUGUAGGGACUGGCAAUCAGUAGCUAAAUGUCCCUCCUUUGGGACUCUCCCGUUUGCUGCACGCUGUUGAUGGAAGGCAAAGCCUCCUGCUUCGCCCGGCAGAGCAGGUUUGAGGCAAAACCUGCGUGGCGUGAGGGGACCCUGGAAAACGUGCACAAGCUUUUGCUUUUUGGGGCUGAGCAGGCGCUGGGCUGCGCUCAGGGCAGGACUGAAACGCCCCGCGGGGGCCAGUCCGGAGCUGCAAUGAGCUUCCUGUACAGAAAAACUCCGUUACCUGAUGCAAGCGAACGUCUCCGUUUCCUUCCUGUUUUCUCGAGUGCCUGCCGAGCUCUGCUGGGCACAAACCCCUGCUCUCCCGGCCGCCUUCCCCUCCUGCCCCUCCCCGCGACUCGGCUCUCCCGGACCAACCCCGCCGGGCUCAGGGCUCCGUUGUCGUGACACUGUCGGGACAGAGGUGUGGUUUAGUGGGAGCUGGUCUCAAAGCCAACAACCUGUGCUAGAAGCACAGCUGUGCCAUUUCCAAGGGUUUUGUAGCCAAACCUCUGAUGCUUGCAGACUUGGUUAGAUUUGUUGCAUGAGACAGUAGAUGUGUUUGUUCUCUCCCACGUAUGGUAAUUGUUCUUUUACAACUGAGUGCCUUAAGAAUAGUUUACAAAUACUGUGUAUUUAUGCUGAGCUGUUAAACUCUGCUGGUUGCUGUUCAUUUAUUAUCUAUUUUUGGGUGCUUUUGGUGUUUCUGGUGGCAGUGAGACCAUUGUUACUUCUGUGUGUCGCCCUCCUGGCCCUGCUGGCUGCAGCGCCACGAGCCCCUUCCCUCUGCUCUGGCUAUGGCAAAACCAAAGGGCUGUGUCAACACCCUGGUGGCAGCUCCUGGUGCCUUUUCCAGUGCCAUUCCCAGUGCCCCCCAUUAUCUCUGCAUGGCUGCAGGAAGGGGCACCCAGGCAGCCAGCCUGCCAGCAGCCAGCCUGGCAUCGCUCAGGGGAUUGCUGGAUGCAAAUCUAAACCCAGUCUCACUCUGCCAGAAAACCCAAAAUGCACCAAACUGGCACCUUAUUUCCAGUCCAGGGGUUGUCGGUCUGUGUGACAGCAGUAGGUGUCCUCCUGGGUGUCCUUCCCAUGAAGGUGGCACUGGGCUCAGUCGGGUCCUUCUGUCCCCUGCUCUGGGAGGUGAAGACCAUCCUGGUGAGACUGUGAGCACAGCCCCAGAGAGGGGGGGUGGGUGAGUUAAGGUGUGGCUGUUCCCCUGCAUCACUGUGCUCUGUGAUAACCACCUUCCUUUGAUUUCAUGGUAUUUCUUACUUCUGGUUUUGUAUUUAAACCUGCAGUAUCUUUUGUACUGUACCUGCGCGGUGGGGGACGCAUCAUGCACUUUUUUUUUUUUACUUUUGUUUGUAAAAAUGUACUGUAUAUUUUAUGUGCUUCUUGUGAGAAAAAUAAACUUUGUUUUCCAUUUACAAA